GAAUUUGAUUGCAUCAUCGUCCUCAUCGCCGUCCCUGCCCCCCCAACACGUCGCGCUCUAAACGCACGACAGGCCUAUGCCGAUGAUGGACGAGGAAGCAUCGGCCGCAUAUCUGGCCUCGCUCCUAAACAAAAACCUGCGCAUCACCACAACCGACACGCGCAUGUUCUGGGGCCAGUUCAAGUGCACGGAUCCGGACUGCAACGUCGUGCUCGCGCAUGCCUACGAGUACCGCCACCCAACCGCCGAGCAGGUCGCCGAGGAGGCACGUCGUGCAGCCGCCGCGCAGCGUCCCGCCUUCAACCUCGACAUGAACUCGCGCUUUCUCGGUCUCAUCGUCGUUCCUGGCGAACACAUCGUCAAGAUAGAGGUCGAGGAGUUUGCUAGCCAGAUGCGUGGCACUGAGCCUGCUACUUCUGCUGCCCUCAACUCAGAGGCGCCCAUUGGAUUCUUGUGAUAAACGCGAUACGGAAUUUACACUCCUCGCCAGAUUUCCUGAGUGUCCUAGGGUGGCAAAGUGGGGCAAACGAGGAUAUUGGACUCAACCGAGCUAUUCCUGAUUCCUGCGUAAUCUUGAGGCCUGAUGGGCAUGGCCUCGGAAUGAAGCGUCCAAGCGGAUUGCGUUAGGAUAACCAUUUCCUUCUCGGCACGUUUUACGGUGCAGGCUAUGCGAUAAUGUGAUUUCCAUGCCACUUUGGCUUAUACCCAAAAACGGGAUUAGAUGAAUUAUAGACUUUAGCCUUCUUGAUCAGUGACCGAGGUGUUAGGUGGUAACGAUACGUGGACUCGGAUAUCAGAGAACCAUCGAUUGGGUAAAGAGAAAUAGGAAACGGAGAAUGACAUUCAUGCUACAGAAACAAGCACCGACACAGGAAGUAGCAAAAUACCAACAUAACAUUGAUCCAA